AUGUAUCGUGGGACUGGAUCACAAGCAACGAGAAGGCAUGACGGGUUGCCUAAACGUCGACCCCAUGAGGAAGAAGAGGAGAUCAUUAGGGUUCCAGCCUUUGACAACUCAAAUCUGAUUGAAAAAUUCAAACGAACCUUAAUUGGCAGAAUGUUCCACUCGGAUGGAAGAAGUGUAGAAGCGCUGCUUAAACAUAUGCCCAAGCGUAGGAUUUGGGAUGUGGAAGGCCGGGUUCGGGGAACAAACCUAGGGAAUAAUAAGUUCCUUUUCGAUUUUGACAAGGAAGAAGAUCUCGAGAAAGUCUUACAGAAACGACCAUGUCAUUUCAAUAGAUGGAGCUUUGCACUCGAAAAAUGGACACCAACAAUCAAGGAAGAGUUCCCAAAUGCGAUCCCCUUUUGGGCAAAUGUGAUCGGGGUUCCGAUACACUACAGGAAACAAGAAACCUUGGAAAGUGUGGGGAAAGCAUUAGGAACGUUCGUUAAGGCGGAUGUGGAAGGAAGCAAGGUACGAGUACUGGUUGAUGGUGAUAGGCCUUUGAAGUUUGAAUGCAAGGUUGGUUUCGACAACGGAGACGUCGUUAAGGUGACAAUCCAAUAUGAAGACCUUUAUCGUUAUUGUUUCUCUUGCAAGAGAUUACCGCACGAAGAAGGCACCUGCCCGGACCUAAAUGAUGAACAAAGAGAGGGGAACCGCUUAUCAAGAAUUGCACAGCAUGACUUAGAGGAACACGCUACUAGGGAAGCCUUUUCCCAACCUCAACGUCCGAGAGCCGGAACAGAAAAGGAGAUUCACGAUACAAGAAGUAGGGGACAAGAGCUCCGACGUGCUGAAGCCAACCCCACGGAAAUUUGA